UUCGUCCGAUGGUCGGGGCAAACACCUAGAUGGCCGUUUCGCACAUACACCCGAUGGCCGAGGUCAAACAAAAAGAUGGCAGCUCAGCACAUUCACCAGGGCAAUAAACAGAAUAUGCUUUUUGUAAAUUCUGACGUAUACGCCCAUUUGAGGCCGCGAAAUGUUGAUCGGAAGGAACGUCAUCCUGGUGCACGCGAACGGAAUUCUAACAAGCGCCAACGUUUGCAAGACAAACGUAAAAUACCACCAGAGAAUGCUCCGAGGUCACGGGCAACAGAACCUCAGUUUCACCCAACUUACAGUCAUGACUCAGCAGUGAAGGAUUUCGGUCGACAUGAGACCUUUUCUGAGCAGAACGAACAACAGAAAGUGACGUCAUAUUAUCAGGAAUUCUCAACUAUUGAGGCUAUCCGAAAAAGUAUUGAUAAAACCUCACGCGCAAAGUCUGCACCAUCAGCUAAUAUUCCAAACUGGAUGCUUAAUUUAGACAUUAAUCUUGAUGUUUCUUCAGUUGAUAUAAUUCCACCAUAUGAUGACGGUGUAACGUUAAAAUCUCGGGCGUCCGAGACAUUUUCCGAGCGCGCCUCUUUAACAUUUGUUGAAAAUAAUUCAGAAGACAAUAUUGACAACUUAAGUGAUUCUGAAAAAGAUUAUCUAGAGGCAGUCCCAAACGAAAAUAUACACCAAGAAAAGGCUAAAAGUGUUCCAAUCCCCGAUAACAAAAAAGAGAAGUUUACGCUGACACCUCAGUUUGGCCAAAACAGAACAAGAGUGCUCGCCCCUUAUCAAAUACGUUCAGAAUAGCGACACCAUUUUCCGCUGGGUGGACAAACACGGAAGAUACAGGUCCGCGUCGUUACCAAGGCGAUAAGAAGGUGAUGUCUAUGCAACAAGGUGGAAUCAGGAGUACCCCUAUGCAGCCGAAAUCUAAGAAAUAUAUUAACCAGAUGUUAACUUUCCACCAUAUAAAACACCAUGAAAAGAAAAUAAGGCUGGCAAAACGUAAGCAAACCAAUUGUGAAAAAGUGAAAAGGCUCAGUGGCGAACAUACUGUAUUGUAGCAACAUAAAUUAAAUGAUAAUUACUACUGCCUCUGCAGACGAGCAGAAUCAAGAACCAUUAUAUUAAGUUCGUUAACUCAAAUCAUGAUAAAUAUAUUUGAC